AUGCGACGAUCCACAUCCUCGAGAUCGCUUCGGUCCGUCUCGUCUUCGACGAGCGACGAAGACAACACCAUCAUCGUCUGGGUCCACGGCGCCACCAUCGGCGGGCGCAAAGCUGGCUACAAAGCCGGAUGGGCCGUCUCUUUCCUCGAUCCUGCUCUCUCCCAUCUUAACGAGAUGUGCCGUCUCUCCGGUCUCGUACAGACUGCCAAUCGUGCCGAGCUCACUGCCAUGAUCCGUGCCAUCCAGCUCUGCCCCAACGACGGCCGCAAGCUCCUCAUCCAAUCUUCCAGCAACUACUGCGUCAAGUCGAUCAAAAGGUGGAUCAAGGAGUGGAGGAAGAAUGGCUGGUUGACCAAGCAAGGCGAACCCGUCAAGAAUCAGGACCUCAUCGUGCAGCUCGAGGACCAGAGAUGCUCGCGAAGACCUCGACCUCAGUUCGAAUACUUCAAGUAUACUUAUGGAGUCCCGGGCUUCGAUACGGUACAGGGCAUGGCAAAGGAAGCCGCCGCUCUCCCGCGCACCGAUGGCUACGAUUCUGCGGACGAGGCAUCAAACGACGUCGGUGAGGAUGAAGUCUUCCUCAAAUGA